GCGAGCCGUGUGCACGCGCCUGGCUCAACUCCGCCCGAAGAGUCCCGAGAGUCCCGGACCGAGACCGACAUCGGGACCGAGACCGGGUCUAGACCACCGCGAGAGCGCGCCAUGGCGUGCGCGUGGAGGAGACACAUCGUGCACGAGCUCCAGAGACGAGACCAGAACCAGAGCGCGCGCUUCAGACAACUCUUCACGCGCUACACUGGACUCCUGGAGCGGACCAAUGGGAUCGCAGCGUCAGCAUCUCCCAGAGGCUCCCAGACCUCCAUCUGUUCCCUGGACAAUGGGCAGUUGGCCUGUCAGGUGGUGCAGCUGCAACACAGACUGGAGCAGACGGAGCGACAGGUGCAACAGCAGAGGCACAGUGUGUGUGAGGCCCAGAGCCGUCUCCAGGGGGCGCUCGCCUCUCACACGGCGUUGCGCUCGCGUGUGGAGGCGGUCCGUGAGACGAACGCCGCUCUGAAGCACGAGUACGACUUGUUACUGCUGCGACAGGCAGAGGCGGAGCUGAGCCUCAGACAGGAAGUACAGCAGCAGUCCCGCCUCCUGGAGCAGCUCAUCCAAUCAAAACGUGAGGAGGCGAGGCGCAUGAACAGCCACAACAGCCGGAGAUCAAGGGCUCGAGAGGUCAAGCUGAGGUCAGAGAGGUCAGAGGUUACCACAGAGGGGUCAGAGGUUGCCGUGGACAGGUGCAGCACCACGGUCUCAAGAAGCCUCUCCCUCACAGCCACGCCCACAGCUGCAGCUCCACCCAUGGCCCCGCCCACUGCCCCGCCCACAGCCCCCAGAGCCAGGUCGGCCUCAUCUCCCAGAAUCCUUCGCUCUCUCCGGGGACUUUUCUCGAAGAGGCGGGUCCGAUCGCUCAGCCUGGAGGUGGAUCUGUUUCGACCAAUCACGUUCAGCGUCUGCACCGGAGCGCCGCGACGAGCCAUCCACGUGUGGGAGGACGAGGGCGUGCACUGUGUUAGUUUCAGUCGAUUCGCAGAUGUUCUUGCCACGGCCGACGACGGACGUCACCUUCGAGUCUGGGAUGUCCGCAACGGUUCUCUUUCUGUUGGAGCGACUCUUUUUGGAUUCACUGAGAGCGUGACCUGCAUCGACUUCGACCGAACCGGGUCUCAAGUCUUGGCCUCGUCGUAUGACAAGUCUGCGUUACUAUGGCAACUGGACGACCCCGAGCCCAAGCUGACUCUCACAGGACACCGGAGGAAGGUGUGUGCGGCGAGGUUCUGCUCAGCGCCUCCUCUGGUGGUGACAGGAAGUGCAGACGGCUCCAUCCGACUGUGGGACCUGCACCGAGAGGCCUGCACUCAUGUCCUGGAGGUGGGGUCUCACUGCUCAGACCUCGUCUGCUCUGACUCUUCAGUGAUCAGUGGACACUUCGACGGACGCCUGCGCCUCUGGGACCUCAGGUCUCUCUCGUGUGGCCUGGAGCUUCAGGUCCCAGACCGGGUCACGGGUCUGGACCUGAGCUCAGACUGUCAGCUCUUGUUGGGCUGUUGCCGUGACGACGCGCUUCACCUGUUUGACCUGAGGGGGCGGGGCUUCGCACAUACCUGUCUCCAAGCGGACGGCUUCAGCUGCGGAAGUGACAGCAACAAGGCCGUGCUCAGUCCUGACAGGGGUCUCGUCGCUGGAGGUUCUUCAGAUGGAGCCGUUUAUAUUUGGAACGUUUCUUCAGGACAAGUCCAGACCAGACUCACAGAGCCACACAGCUCCUCCCUCUGGGGCGUGUCCUGGAGUGUCAGUGGGCGGUACUUCGUCAGUGUUGAUAAAAGGAGGCGGGCUGUUCUGUGGAGUGACAUCUGAAGCAGCCAAUCACAGCCCUGGUCCUGUUUGAACUGUCCAAUCACAGCCCUGGUCCUGUUUGAACUGUCCAAUCACAGGCCUGGUCCUGUUUGAACUGUCCAAUCACAGCCCUGGUCCUGUUUGAACUGUCCAAUCACAGGCCUGGUCCUGUUUGAACUGUCCAAUCACAGGCCUGGUCCUGUUUGAACUGUCCAAUCACAGGCCUGGUCCUGUUUGAACUGUCCAAUCAGAUUCUGCUCUUUAAUAUUUAUUUUCUGUGGUUUUAUGUUUUUAACUUUAAGAUUUAAUAAAGACGGUUUCACUUC